AUGCCUAGACAUCCACACUCACCUGCUGCCAACCUCAAUACCACCCACCUGCUGCCAACCUCAAUACCACCCACCUGCUGCCAACUUCAAUACCACCCACCUGCUGCUAACCUCAAUACCACCCACCUGCUGCCAACCUCAAUACCACCCACCUGCUGCCAACCUCAAUACCACCCACCUGCUGCCAACCUCAAUACCACCCACCUGCUGCCAACCUCAAUACCACCCACCUGCUGCCAACCUCAAUACCACCCACCUGCUGCCAACCUCAAUACCACCCACCUGCUGCCAACCUCAAUACCACCCACCUGCUGCCAACCUCAAUACCACCCACCUGCUGCCAACGUCAAUACCACCCACCUGCUGCCAACCUCAAUACCACCCACCUGCUGCCAACCUCAAUACCACCCACCUGCUGCCAACCUCAAUACCACCCACCUGCUGCCAACCUCAAUACCACCCACCUGUUGCCAACCUCAAUACCACCCACCUGCUGCCAACCUCAAAACCACCCACCUGCUGCCAACCUCAAUACCACCCACCUGCUGCCAACCUCAAUACCACCCACCUGCUGCCAACCUCAAUACCACCCACCUGCUGCCAACCUCAAUACCACCCACCUGCUGCCAACCUCAAUACCACCCACCUGCUGCCAACCUCAAUACCACCCACCUGCUGCCAACCUCAAUACCACCCACCUGCUGCCAACCUCAAUACCACCCACCUGCUUCCAACCUCAAUACCACCCACCUGCUGCCAACCUCAAUACCACCCACCUGCUGCCAACCUCAAUACCACCCACCUGCUGCCAACCUCAAUACCACCCACCUGCUGCCAACGUCAAUACCACCCACCUGCUGCCAACCUCAAUACCACCCACCUGCUGCCAACCUCAAUACCACCCACCUGCUGCCAACCUCAAUACCACCCACCUGCUGCCAACCUCAAUACCACCCACCUGCUGCCAACCUCAAUACCACCCACCUGCUGCCAACCUCAAUACCACCCACCUGCUGCCAACCUCAAUACCACCCACCUGCUGCCAACCUCAAUACCACCCACCUGCUGCCAACCUCAAUACCACCCACCUGCUGCCAACCUCAAUACCACCCACCUGCUGCCAACCUCAAUACCACCCACCUGCUGCCAACCUCAAUACCACCCACCUGCUGCCAACCUCAAUACCACCCACCUGCUGCCAACCUCAAUACCACCCACCUGCUGCCAACCUCAAUACCACCCACCUGCUGCCAACCUCAAUACCACCCACCUGCUGCCAACCUCAAUACCACCCACCUGCUGCCAACCUCAAUACCACCCACCUGCUGCCAACCUCAAUACCACCCACCUGCAGAGGAGAGCAGCACCAUGGCGGUGGUGAGGGAGGCGGGCGAUGAGGACACGGAGGAGCGCAGCACCGACUCGAGCGCGAAGAAACACCCUGCCACCGCUGCGUUGAAACCUGGUGAAGGCAGGGGGAUGGGUGGGUGGACGUUUGGGGGCGGUUAG